AUGAGCUCGAUAUCCAUCCACAGCGCUGCACAGAAUCAUCAGACAGGUCUGGUUCGCACUCUCAUCUCUCAGGACCCAGGCCUUGUAAAUGCUCUAGACGCGGAUGGCCGGGCUCCCCUUCACUGGGCCGCCUCGUCCGGUGCCAUUGAUGUCGUUAGAGACCUUCUUGAUCGCAAGGCCGAAGUCAACCUUGGAGACACCAAUGGCUGGACUCCUUUGCAUAUUGCCGCGAGCGCCGGAAGUGAGGACGUUGUACGAGAACUGGUCGGCGCUGGUGCCGACGUGAAUGCCAGGAACGACAAAGGGAUCACUCCCCUCCAUUACGCUGCGUCAAAAUCUCGAGUAGACAUAGGGCGAUUGCUAGUUGCGCGGGGAGCAGACAUCAACGCUAGAGAUAGAGCAAACCAGACACCACUGUGCGACCCUUUCUGUUUCAUACAAGCCAUCCAGCUAAUCAAUACUCAAAGCCAUCGGGCAGCCACAACAGGAUCAACAGGAUUUAUUAUCUUAUUACUGAAUCCACCUGAAGGGGCCGCUAAGACACGUUUGAAUACUGCUGAUCGCGUCGGGAAUACGCCUCUUCAUCUCGCCAUGGAAUCUGCAUAUGCAGAGGCAGCGUGCCUCUUGAUAGAAGCCGGUGCAGAUAGAAGUCGUGAAAACCUGGAUGGGGAGAUGCCGGAAGAUCUCGAGGGUGUAGGCGGACAAGAACAACGGAGAGCAAAGGCCUACGUAAAUGACCGAUGCGGGAAACGAUCAUAA